GCCCCGCAGCCCGGCAGGUGCCGGCACGGAGCGCCGAGAGCCGUCAGCCCGCAGCGGUAGGUGCGUGUGCGGGGCCGGGGAGGGCACCGCGCGGGGCGCUGAGCCACAGAGCGGCCCCGGGAGGUGAAGCCGGGAGGGGGGGGGGGGAUUGGGGAGGCCCCGCAGCGCGGCUGCGGCCGCUCCUUGGCGCUGUCCCGUCGGCAUGGGCGCUCAGCACGGCGGAAGGGUCGGGCCUGCCGGGGCCUGAAAUGUCACCGCGUGGGGAGCCGAGGUCCUGGGCUUAGAAAUAGGCGGAACGGGGAGCGGCGCUGCACCGGCCGUGUCGGAGCAGGCAGGCCCGGCUUCCUGGCAGGGAGAGAAGCGCUGCGGCUGACGGGGAUGGUGCCGUCCGUCAGCGCCGUCGGCAGCUCCCUGCGAAACGAGAAGAGCCCUUCCAGCUAAUGGAUGCCGCUGUGCAACGGCACAUUCCGGUUAGGAAAUAGUAGUGGGAGGCUUUAGCCGUGAGACCUCUGUUCUGCCUCCCACGGGGAUUGGAGCAGCAGCACUGCCACAGCUGUUACGGAGGCGUUCAGCUGCCCGGCACGGCGUGCUGGGAGCGCAGGCCUGGAUGGGCCCCUCGUGCUGCUGUGCUCCGGGCUGUCCCAAGGAGCCACGCUCAGGCUGAAACCCUGCUGGGUGUGUGAGCGCUGGAUGGCCACAAAGCACCCCUCAUUCAUACUUAGGGAUGAAACAAGCUCGGGUCGCUGUGGAAAGCGUGGGCCGAAAGCUUCCCCAAAGGUUUCCCUGUCUAAAUGAUGUGGCCGCGUCCACGCGCCUAGGAGAUCUCUGGAGAUCCAGCGAUGGGUCUGCUGUGUUGUCCCUGGGUGCUCUGUGAGGAAGGUAGAAGGAGAACAACCGUGUGAAUGCCUGCGAGGCUGCACCAUGGGGUGGGCUGGGGCAGAAAGGGGGUGAGGCUGUAAUGAGGGCGGGAUGGUGGAGCAGCUCUCCCAGGCGCACCCCUGAGCUGGCAGCUCGGUGCUCCCACUGCUGCUGGGCUGUGGUGGCCGUGUUGCACACAGGGCUGGGUCCUGUGCUGAGUACCUGCUGGUGUGACUGGGGCAGGCAGCAGAGACGGAGCUCCUCUUUCAGCCCUCAGCCCUUCCCAAGGCAGGAGGCUGUGCAGAGUUCUUGCUGUGUUCCCUCAACAGGUCCUACACAACUUCGGUCCACCCGGAGCUCGGUUCCUCAGGCACCUGCUCUGACUGGAGCCCGUCUCAGCUGCUGUUAAGGAGGGAAGGUGGCUCUGUCAGUGCCACGUUUCAGUUUCUGAGCGUAUCUUUAGAACUCACCUCCCCGGUUGACCAUGCUUUGUGCAUGUGAAGUCGUGCAAUGAUAUGAGGCACGGUGACUGCUCUCCAGGAUGGAGCACAACCAGUGGGUGCUCUCCUAUAGCUAAAGGUGUUCCGACAGGGGCUGGGCUGCGCCCACAGCACCAACACUGUGUUUUGGGGGUUCUGCAUCCUCCAUCGCUCCCAGUGCCAGCCUUACUCACCAGUAUCACAAGAGGAGGGCUGCAGGCUCCCCUGCCCCUCCAAUUGGGAAUUAAACAGAUAGGUGCUUGUAUUUAAGGUGUGUGGUUGGUGCAGAGGUCUUCCAGCUGGAGUGGUUUUGGAAGGAGGCAGGCAGCCUUCUGUAGCUGCUCAGAUCCAAGGUCUUUUUUUUGCUACAGGUAAGGAGAAGAAAGACAUUAAGGCACUACAGACAGAUGUAGAGGACGUUAUAAAGCUCUAUGUUUGUCUUCCUACAAUUGCUUUAAUCAGAAGAUAAUAUCUCAGCCUGGAAGAAGCUAAGUCUUUAACAUUCCUUUGGUAUCAUUGCUGUAGGGCCUGCAGCUGGGCUGUGCAUUACUGCUGGUGGCAUCACCAUGGGGUGUGCAUGUGCUGAAUGUAGGAUGGUGCUGAGACCGUUGUCCUACACGAAGGCACGUUUGCUUUGCACUGGGAUAAGACUGAUGGCCGCCAGCUGAGAGCAGGAGCAAAUAUUAAGUAAAGAUUGGGAUAAUAACAAAGGCAGCAGGGCUGAGUUUAAGUUCAGGCUUCGAGACAGGUUUGCCAGCCUCUCAGUAAAAGGGCACAGCAGUGAGGAGCUGCUCACCCAGAGUGACCCAUGCAAAGCUGCUGGGAGCAGGGAGGGCAGGGAACUGGAGAGCACCAGGUGGGUGCUGAUAGCAUCGCUGUCUGGUAUGGUAAGAGGGGAAUGGUUAAUCACACAGUGCUCUUCCUUCUGCCCGGUGCAGUCAGGGUGGCAGUCUGUCACAGGAAACGCUGUAGCUCUGCUAAUCUUCACAGAGCUCAGGUUUGUUUCUCAUUUCUGGGGGCUGGUUUUGAGCUGUUGUGAAGGCAGAGAACUGCAGGUCGAAGGUGAGAUUUGCAUUGCCCAGGAUCUCAGAGCGAGGCGUUGGAGCAUGCCAGUUUAUGACCACAGACGUGUGUGUACCUUUCUAUCUUCAGAAAACACGUGGCACUCAACUUCUCCUCGGGACAUGAUGUUCACAUUGCUGUUUUCCUGUUGUUCCCUGUAUCAGUCCCACAACUCCAGAGCAGCAGCACAGCUCCCACAGGCAGCGUCAGAUCCACGUGUGCUGUGCUGUGCGCCUCUCCUCGUGUCCUCCAAGGGAGCACAAUUAACACAGAAGCCAUGAAAGCCACAUUCCAUUUUCUCCUCAGCACAGAGGCGUGGGGAGCACCGCUUUUACUUCUGGCACAGAAUGCUGAUGGAAGGUCUUCGCUGCUGCUUGAAGCAUUGCUUUCAGCUCACUCACUCCCAGGCAUCCGUGGCUGUGGUCUCACAUCUGCUGUAUUCUGGGGGAGAAAAGGCUGCCUGGCAGCCUGGUGAGCACAGCAGGCACAGGGCUGCAAUGGAGGUGAAACAACAUCUUAUAGUUUAAGAGCAUUUAAGGUUAUAUGCUGAGAUGGUGGGCCUUCCACCAAGCAUUCCCAUUGUGCGUGUCCCACACCUGCUUUGGUCCCAGUCUCUGCAUUGAGGCAGAAGAUCUCCACUGGAGGGCCUUUGUUACCUCUGCAGCACCAAUCUGAUGGGCCUUGGGGGGCAAGGGAGAGUCAGAGCCUCUUCUUAACGUGCUCUGAAGCAGUUGGUUGGAAAGACACAGCCCCCUCAGUUGUUUGGGAGCAGCAGCCCAGCAAUUGUAUUAAAGCCAAUCCCUCGGUGCUCAGAAACCCCCUACGUGUCUUCCUGAAGUCCCACAGCUGGAGAGUAGGUGUAAUCUUGGAGAUUACGGGCAGAGGUUGCUGUACCCAGGAGAAUUAUUGUACAAUUGAUUUCAUUUGGGUCACAGAACAAAGACUGUCACGUGGAAAGAGGUCAGGAACACUCAACCACAGCCCGAGCUGUCAGGGCUGGGUGGGAGUCCUGAGUCCUGGUCCCCAGCACAGCCGCUGCCCAUGUUUUCUCCCCUCCUCCCCACAGCCACAGCUCAGCCCUUCCCACAGCUCUCUGUGUUUCCUGCUUUCUGGAAUGGGCUGUUGUUGGGCCAGUAGCUCCUGGCUGAUAGGAGCAAGGGGACCCUUGUGUUGUUUGGCUGUUUCCCCCCCCUCUCACUUGUUAUGCCCUGCUUUCCUCUGAUCGUUUCCUUGUUCCUGAAGGACUGAAUCAUCUUAAGUAGCUGAUAUGGUAUCCAUUAUUAAGUUACCUUUGCUUAAUAGUUUUGGUCUUACAGAGAGCAGCGCUCUUUCUGUUAAGACUUCCACAUGAGGGGGAAGCAGGCAGAGCUGCUGUCUAUUUUGCCUUGAAAAUACAGUUGACUUUAAAAGCAACAGAGGUCCUCUGUGUUUUCCCAAAUUCCGUGGUUACCAGAGGAAAUGUCUGUAACACAAUGGAAAGCAUUUACAGCACAACAGCAAGAUCCCGGGCUGCAGCAAGCAAGGAUUCACUCAAAUGCAACAGCCAUGGGCACAGAAACAAAGGAAAGAAGCUGCUUACCUUCAGAAGGCCUCAGGUAGGCAGGGAUCUCCAGUGAGAUACCCUCACCUCCACUGGCAGCCCUUAAAUGAGGGCUGGGAGGGGGUGGAUCCUGGCUCCAGCCCUUCCAUCACUCAGUACAUUGCAUGCACCUGAGCCCCCCUUUGCUUGGUGCAAAGACUCAGCAGUACUUCCUUAUCUCCUUGGUUCAGACACGGCUCUUUCUGUUAUCUAGAUCAGGGCAGGGGUAUCCAUCAACGAAUGCUAGCAAGCUUAACUGUAUGGCUGUAACUUGUGCCAUGCAGGGGUAGUGCCCUUCUUUAGCACCCCCCCACGUUUUUGGAUAUGCUGUUUUGUUGUUAAGCCGACCGAGAUAAAAGCAUUUCUGCAGGAGGAGGCUCUGAGAGCAGGCGCUGCUGGGUGAAAUCAGCCUUCCUCAGGGCACUGCAGCUGGAAAACGCAGUGGUGGUACAGCCUGCUGCACGCUGCUUCAGUCCUGGGGCUGUUGGAAACCCUCUGAGCAGCAUCUCACAGUGAGGCAGAGAGGUACUGACAGAGAAGGGCUGUAGAAGAGCUCAGAAGGGAGGCUUGGGGGUGUUGCCUGGGGCUGUCCUGGGGAGGUGUGAGGCCACCGUCUCUCCUUUCUCCCUUGUAUUCCAAGGGAACGCAGCACUGUGUGCUCACCAGCAGACCUCGCUGAGUGUGGUAGCUGAGUUAUGUUGGAUCUGCUUACGUCUGAGCAAGGCUGGUGCUGUGGCUCUCUGCGUGUCCUGUAGGAUCGCUGUGCCUCCCAGCAAUCAACAGCAGCAAAAGAGAAUGGUGGGAAGCAGCUCUGGCACGACCAGAGCCGUGGGUGCGUGGCGGUUCCCUGCAUGCCACUGGUUUGGGGUGAGGGGUUCCAAAGGAGUUGGCGAGCUCUCAGAUCCUUCACACGCUGCUGCUCAACCCCAAACCAUGCUUCUUUGCCGUGGCCUUGAAAAAAAAAGCAGAUGACAGUUGAGUAUUUCUCAUGAGUCCUCCGGAAAAACACAAGGUGACACUGUGCUGCUAAAUAGGAGUGUCAGCAGCUCUGCUGGUGCCAGGCAGCUCUGCUGGGGGGGGGGGACAGCAAUGCUGGUGUUCCAGAGGCUGCGGCUGCUCCUGCACUGAGCUUUGGCUAAGGAAAAAUCAGUUCUUGGAUGGAUGCUGUGGAAGGAGAGUGGACCUGGAAUCACCACCCGUGCAUUCAGAGCCAUCCCGUUGUGUUGCACAGUCUGCAAGGGAGCUCCGAUGGGCUCUGGGCACUGAUGGAUUGUGGUGCUUUGGCCGCCUGUGAGGACUGCCAGCUCUGAGGACCGCAGGAGGUGCUCAGUGCUCAGCAUGGCUUGGGGUCACUGCGGCUGUUCAGACCUGAGGGGACAGCAGGACGGCACCAGGAGCGCGGCUCAGAAAUGCCUGCAGGAGCUCUGUGUGCCAAACGCAGCCUGAGCUGUGUGAUGGUGGCUGCUGGCAGACAGCAGGAGAGCAGGAAAGGCUGUUCAGGCUGAGGAGCAGGUGGAGAUUAUCUGGGUACCAAUAAACCUAGGCUGAAAACUGCGGGGUUCCCCAGCCACUGAGAGCCAGGCUCUGCUCCUUCAGUUUAGAGGAACUCUGCAUUUUUGGCUGGGAGUUGCCAGCUCCUCUGCCCAUCCCCAUCCUUUUACUGCUUACCGGCUCCCGUUGGCUCUUGAGCCAGGUCCUCAGUGCCAAAGGACACAGUGAGCAUUCGUGUGAUUCCAUCAGACCCUCAGCUCAGGUCCCCAUAAGCUCAGCCCGAGUUGUCUGCACGGCUUUUCUCCUUCUGGGUGCUCACCUCCAGCCGUGCUGGGAGCGAUGUGCGGGGUGAGCUCAGUCUGACAUCAGCCCUGUGCUGGGGAACACUGCUGCAGCAAUGGGCUUUGUGCUUCUUGCCCUGAGACAAAAGAAAGCACGGGAGGAACAGCUUCUGAGAGGCUUAGAAGCAGCAGCAGGCUUUCCUUUCCUCCAGGGAAGGGCACACGCAACAUCUCACACUUUAUGGGUCUCUUUUAAUAAGCAGGAUAUUGCAUUAGGAGUGGCUGAGCACGAGCAGAGCAGCUCUGCAGCCCAUAAACAUCCUCCCUUCCUCUGAGUGCCGUCCCUUCGGGUCGGGGGCGGCUGCCGGACCCACGGUGUGGGGUGGUACCAACCGGUACCAAAUGCUGGGCUGUGCUCUGAGCGGGAGGCAGCAGCUGAGAUGAGAACAACUGCUGCAGCACAGGGCUGGCACUGCCCCUGGCACUGCUGGCAGACUGAUGGGAUCUUUCCAUCCUCCGGGCUGCCCCAGAGGGCUGCGCUCCUGCAGGAGCCCCACGCAGGGCAGGUGGGUUGGCUGCCUUCGGAAGAACAAACCUUUUCCUUUACAUCCCCAGUGAAGUUAAAAGGAGCACGGCCCAGUUUGUGGCUUUGUAGGUCACGGAAGGAGGAGGAGAGCUCUGCGGCGCUCGGCACGCCGGGGAUGGCUGCUUUGCUCCGCAUGGGAGCGCUCUGUGAGCCUCGUGUGGGCUGUGUGCCUGCCUUGAAGGAAGACAGAGGAGAGGAAGAUGUCCCCCCAGCUGCCCCAGUAUUGUGCUUGGAAGCAGCACGUCUGUAUCACAGUAGUUAAUAACGCUGGGUAGGGAUAUUACUCAGUAAAUACCGACAUCCUACAGAGAUGGGUUUGGGUUCUGCUCAGCUCCUUCUCGGUGCACUGCAGCAGCACAGUCCCACGUGGCCCGGCCUGCCAGGGAGCAGCGCUGAGGAGUUUGGGUGCUGUGUUCAGCCCCUGGGGGAGCUCCAAGCGCUGCCUCCUGGGCACUGACAGCAAUGUCACGGUGUCCCCUGCCCCGUGCUUGCUGGCAGCCUUCCCGAGCACAGAGUGAACAGCCUCUUGGUAUGUUUCCCAAUUUAGUCACGUCCUACCAGCUGUAACCGAGCCAGAGUAAACAGGAAAAUCAGGUUGCUUGAUGUCAUUGCACUUCCUCGGAGUGCCAGGCCCGCCUCUGGCUCCCAUCCCUGCUGGGUCCCCCGCACAGCAGGAACGUGACUGCAGCACCAGCACGGGGCUGGGGCACGCGCCAUGCAUGCUGGGUGGUGCGGCAGCCCCAGCGCUGCGGGGUCUGUGGGGGCCUCCCCAGUCCACGGGAUGAGAACUACCCCAGGCUGUGUCCCGGCCCACGGGCAUGCAGGUUUGGUGGGGUAGGACGGCUUCCAGGGUCUGUGAACUGCAAACUGACAUUCCUACCUCUGGCAAAACCGCCGAGCUCCUUGCAGCAAGGAAGAGGCCGGCCCUAAGCCAUGUCCAACGACCCUCCACCACCAUACCCAGGAGGCCCCUCAGCACCACCGAUAGAGGAGAAGCACGGCCCACCCCCUGCAACAGAUGGCAUCUCCCCGGCCAUGGUGCAGCCCCAGGGGGCUCCCAUCCCUCCUCCUGAAUUUGGGCCCCCCCCGUAUGAGCCUCCUCAGCCGGGCUUCGUGCCCCCACACAUGCCCACAGACGGCUCCGGGCCCUACGUGCCGCCUGCAGGUUAUUACCCACCCCCAGGCCCUCACCCUCCCAUGGGCUACUACCCUGCCCCGGGCCACUACCCAUCGCCCAGCGGCCACACGGCGACGGUGCUCGUCCCUUCAGGGACCGCCACCACAGUGACCGUGCUGCAGGGCGAGAUCUUCCAGGGCGCCCCGGUGCAGACAGUGUGUCCCCACUGCCAGCAAGCCAUCACCACCAAGAUCAGCUACGAGAUUGGGCUCAUGAGCUUCCUGCUGGGCUUCUUCUGCUGCUUCGUGGGGUGCGAUCUCUGCUGCUGCCUCAUCCCCUGCCUGUUCGAUGACUUCAAGGAUGUGACACACACGUGUCCCAACUGCAAGGCCUAUAUCUACACGUACAAGCGCAUGUGCUAACAGCACCCUGGGAGCCUGAGCCACUGGAAUGACACCGGCCCCUCUCCCACUGCCGUCCUAAUCUAUGCGUGUGCAGCACUCCUUCGCUUACCCUUGGUGGUGUGUAUGUGUGUGUCCCUCCCCUCCCUCCUGCUCCGAGCUGUGACCGCCCUCCCCACGCUCUGCUCCUCGCUGUGAACGGUCAGACUGGGGACGCUGGUGUGGGUGCACAGGGGAUGAGGUGCUGAGCCCCACAUGCUGCAUGCAGGGCUCCCUCUGGCAGCUGCCCCGCAGCACAGAGGAGCAGGGCUGUCGUUCUGCACCCCAUUGCUCCAGGGCAUCGGCGCAGCUCCUCUCACCUGGAGCAAGCUGGGGAUGAGCAGCAGCUGCUGGAGGUACCCACCCCUCACUGCAGCCCACUGGACACGGAGGGGGGUGUGUGGAUAUGCUGCCCCACUUGCUGUUUUGAGGGGAUGGGGGAAGCCAGAGCAGCUGGCAGAGCACACUGCAGAUGCAGCACAGCCACUGCACUUAAUUGCAGUCCUUUUAGGAAGCAGCCUGGUAGAAGUUUGGCAUUGAGGAGAGAAAACAGUCAGUGCCAGGUUCCACCUGGCUCAGGGCACUCUCCAGCCAGGUCAGCAAGGAGUCUAUAGGCAACACGUCCCAGGUAGAGGCACACAGAGCUGCCUUCAAGGCACAGCCAGGGAAAGGGCUGCAGCACGGCACCCUGAAUCAGCCCAUCCAUCCUGGUAGGGAAGCCCCAGUGCCUGGUGGCCACGGCUGCUCCAGCUGCAUGCACCUCCUCCCAGCCCUGCUGCAGGUGUUUCAGGGAAGGAAAGCCCCUGGCUGUUUCUCACCCACCUGGUAAGCUAUUAGCAAAAAAUGCAUCCAGCAUGUUGCUACCUGCCCCUGGCACUGUAGAAUAGGGGACUGUUACCUGACUGCAGCUGGCUCCCAACUCUGGAGCAGAUCCCUACCCACCUGCUGCAGAGCUGCACCCCACCCCAAGCCCAGCAGGGUCUGUGGGCACCGCAGCAGCACCCACCCUGCUGUCACCGCAGGUGUACCCUGUGGGGUUCCUCGUUGCAUGUGGGUGUAGGGGUUUAAUUUUUAGCUCACUUAACAUGGGGCAGAAGGAUGGGGGCAAGCAGUGACACAAGCUGCCAGCAGCACUGCGACAGAUGAGGGCAGGAGGACCUGAGAGCCAUUCUCAGUCUCUGUGGCCACACCUCAUACUGGUUCCCCCUGCUCUCCCCUCCUGCAGUCAGGGCAGCUGAGGUGUGCAGCCCCCAGAGCUGAGCAGAGGGGCUUCUCAGGGAGCGUGUCUGCAAACAGCCUGGCCUGCACAGGCAGCUGCUGUUUGCUCCGAGGUGGAACUGUGACACUAGUCCCAGUAUUUGUAUGUAAAUAAACAUAGGACCCUGA